AUGCGUUCCCUCCUCUCCGCCCUCCCCGCCCUCCCCGCUCUCAGGAGGCCACUGGCGCGCAGCCUCGCAACUGCCGCCGAGCCCGUCUCCUCUUCUGCUUCCUCGGACGCUGCCGAACCAUCAGCCCCAUGGACGCCCUUCACCCAGCGCACCGGCGUGAUCGCGCGUAAGCGCGGUAUGACUUCGUUGUGGGACAAGAAUGGCAAGCGCUGGCCGGUGACUGUCCUGCAGCUCGACAACUGCGAGGUUGUUCGGGUCACCCCGCCGCCCGAGAACGAUCCCAAGCAGCUGCACAGCCUGCAGCUCGGGUCGACCGACCGGCGCGAGAAGAACAUCAACAAUGCUAUGAAGGGCUACUUCCGCGCACAUGGCGUUAACCCCAAGCGCAAGCUCCAAGAGUUCCGCGUUAGCAAGGAGGCUGUGCUUCCUGUUGGGACCCAGCUCGGCGCGUCGCACUUUGUGCCCGGGCAGUAUGUGGACGUCACGGCUACCAGCAUCGGCAAGGGCUUCCAGGGCGCCAUGAAGCGUCACGGAUACCACGGUCUCAAGGCCUCGCACGGUGUGUCCGUCACCCACCGUUCCGCUGGUUCGACUGGUUCCAACCAGGACCCAGGCCGUGUCCUCCCCGGCAAGAAGAUGGCUGGGCACAUGGGCAACGUCAAGCGCACGACCCAGAACCUGCUAGUCCACCGCGUCGACCUGGCGCUCAACCUGGUCUUUGUUCGCGGUGCCGUUCCAGGUGUUGACGAUGCGUUUGUUUCCGUCCGCGACGCAAAGAAGAUGGUCGCGUACAAGGCCCAGAAUAACCUCAUGGCCGGUAAGCCGGCCGAGGAGUGGCUUCCCGAGGGCGUCAAGGCUCUCCCAGUGCCGGCCGGUACGGUUGAGAGGCAGACGAGCGAGGGGUGGCCCGAGAUCAUCCAGUGGCAGGGCAAGGCGUAA